AUGGGGGAAAGCUGUUGGGGGUUGGGGAAAGCCGAGGCGGAAAGACAGAGUCACCACAACGUCACGUUUUACAGACUUAAAAGCAACCAAGGUCCUCCCCGUUAGCAGCCAGUUGUCAAACUGCGAGCGGAAGAGCUUCAGGAGUGUCAGGACCCUACUCACUCACAAAGCUCUGCAUCCCGCCAGCUCCGCCGCUGCCACCGCCACUGCUACCUCCGCGAUGCUCCUCCGAGCUGUGCUGCUCUGCGCCACCCUGGCGCUCAGCCAUGCAGCAAAUCCUUGCUGUUCCAACCCAUGUCAAAACCGCGGUGAAUGUAUGAGCAUAGGAUUUGACCAGUAUAAGUGUGAUUGUACCCGUACUGGAUUCUACGGUGAAAACUGUACUACACCUGAGCUUCUGACAAGAAUCAAAUUACUGCUGAAGCCUACCCCAAACACAGUCCACUACAUCCUGACCCACUUCAAGGGAGUCUGGAACAUUGUGAACAACAUUCCCUUCCUGCGAAGUUCAAUCAUGAGAUAUGUGUUGACAUCCAGAUCACAUUUGAUUGACAGUCCACCAACUUACAAUGUGCACUAUGGUUACAAGAGCUGGGAAGCCUUCUCCAACCUCUCCUACUACACCAGGGCCCUUCCUCCGGUAGCAGAUGACUGCCCAACUCCAAUGGGUGUGAAAGGAAAUAAGGAGCUUCCUGAUUCAAAAGAAGUGCUGGAAAAGGUUCUCCUGAGGAGAGAGUUCAUCCCUGAUCCCCAAGGCUCAAAUAUGAUGUUUGCAUUCUUUGCCCAGCACUUCACCCAUCAGUUUUUCAAGACAGAUCAGAAGCGAGGACCUGGGUUCACCCGAGGACUGGGCCAUGGAGUGGACUUAAGUCACAUUUAUGGUGAAACUCUAGAAAGACAACAUAAACUGCGCCUUUUCAAGGAUGGAAAAUUGAAAUAUCAGGUCAUCGGUGAAGAGGUGUACCCUCCCACAGUCAAAGACACUCAGGUAGAGAUGAUCUACCCUCCUCAUAUCCCUGAGCACCUGAAGUUUGCUGUGGGGCAGGAAGUCUUUGGUCUGGUGCCCGGUCUGAUGAUGUAUGCUACAAUCUGGCUUCGGGAGCACAACAGAGUGUGUGAUAUACUCAAGCAAGAGCAUCCUGAGUGGGAUGAUGAGCAACUAUUCCAAACCAGCAGGCUCAUACUCAUAGGAGAGACCAUCAAGAUAGUGAUCGAAGACUACGUGCAACACCUGAGCGGUUACCACUUCAAACUCAAGUUUGACCCAGAGCUCCUUUUCAACCAGCAGUUCCAAUAUCAGAAUCGGAUUGCCGCUGAAUUCAACACACUCUAUCACUGGCACCCGCUGCUGCCUGACACCUUCAACAUUGAAGACCAGGAGUACAGCUUCAAACAGUUUCUCUACAACAACUCCAUCCUCCUCGAACACGGACUCACUCAGUUUGUUGAGUCAUUCACCAGACAGAUUGCUGGCCGGGUUGCUGGGGGAAGAAAUGUUCCAAUUGCCGUACAGGCAGUGGCAAAGGCCUCCAUUGACCAGAGCAGAGAGAUGAAAUACCAGUCUCUCAAUGAGUACCGCAAGCGCUUCUCCCUGAAGCCUUACACAUCAUUUGAAGAACUUACAGGAGAGAAAGAAAUGGCUGCAGAGUUGGAAGCCCUCUAUGGUGACAUUGAUGCUAUGGAGCUGUAUCCCGCCCUGCUGGUGGAAAAGCCUCGUCCAGAUGCUAUCUUUGGGGAGACCAUGGUAGAACUUGGAGCACCCUUCUCCUUGAAAGGGCUUAUGGGUAAUCCCAUCUGCUCUCCUCAGUACUGGAAGCCGAGCACCUUCGGAGGAGACGUGGGUUUUAAGAUCAUCAACACUGCCUCAAUUCAGUCUCUCAUCUGCAACAAUGUGAAGGGGUGUCCCUUCACUUCUUUCAAUGUGCAAGAUCCACAACCUACCAAAACAGCCACCAUCAAUGCCAGUGCCUCCCACUCCAGACUAGAUGACAUUAACCCUACAGUCCUAAUCAAAAGACGUUCAACUGAGCUGUAAAAGUCUACUGACCAUAUUUAUUUAUUUAUAUGAACAAUUUAAUUUAAUUAUUUAAUAUUUAUACUGAAUGCUUUUUUUCACUUAACAUCUUCUACAACAGAAGGCAAUGUUCUUGAACAAUGUUACAUUUGUGAAGAUUCCCAUGUUUGUACUUUGAAUAUGUGUUACCUGAAAGUGAAAGGGAAGCCAGCUUUCAUUUUUCUGCAUAAGCCAGUGAGAAGGGAAAUGAAUUUUGAUAUCUUUAUACUUGAAUUUCAGCUCAUGAAUAGCUUAAUAAGAACAAAGGAAAGAUGUAUGGAUAUUUAAGUACUAUUACAAGAUGAAAAAUGCUGCAGGUAUCAACACUGUUGGUUAUGACUGUGUCUUCCUGACUUUGUUAGGAGCAUGUAAUGUGGAUUUUUUUAAAUCUUGCAUAUCUUUAUCUCAUCAAACAAAGGGGUACAAGUUCAGUUUUAAAUGAGCAUCUAAGGCAGAUACUGGCAACUCUCUCAUUUUUAAAAAGCAGUCUUGAGACAAAUAAUUUGAAAUUUCUAAAUUGGGAGUUUGAAUCACUUUUGAAAGCUCUUGUUUUCUUAAGCUGUCAAGUUUGUACCCACACAAAUUAAACAGCUAUCAUAAACAUAAAUCUCUAAAACUAGUAGAAAUUAUGUUAUGAUUGAUGGUUAAGAUACCACGUCAGGCAUUUUUCUUUUCUCAGGAGUAGUGAAAAGCUACUUACUAUGACAAUCAGACCUUCCUUGUAUGUCAAAAUGCUGGCGUAGGAAGGUGGUAGAGCCAGUGCUGCUCUGCGUAUGAGCUUUAAAGCUUGUUUAUGAGUGGUAGCCAGCAAAGCCUAGAGCAACAAAACAAUUCUACAAAAGAAGUAACCAAGGAAAAAAGAAGGGUUCCAAGUUAAAGAUCACGUUCAAGGUUAAACUUCUGAAGGAGACUUUUGGAUCCUGCUGUGGUGCUGGCCUGGUACUCAAUAGGUUUUUGCUCUGAGGCUAAAGACUUGCCAGGCUGGCCUUUUAAACAGUUUUUCUGUUACACAGUAUGAUAGAACAGUCUAUCUCUUAAUGCAAAAGGUAUCAGUGGCCUUGUGAGCCUCUUCAAAAUGUUACACUGACUCCCAGCUGAACUGCAGUAGGCCCCACGCCAUGUGGGAGUUCAGCCUGGACGCCAGCAUGCUGCUUUUCUUAGUUCUGUUUCUUAUAGUCAUUUUACUAUGAGGAACUGCUGAUUGAUUUUUUGUUGCUGUGUUCCAGGGUUUUUU